GCAUUCCUGCUUUGACAGCGCGAGAUUCUUCGCUCUGGUUGGUCCAUCGAUGUUUCGAAGCGAAAAUGACGUCACGAGGAGAUACAUCCAGAGUGAAGAUUCGUCUUGAAUAUUUUUGAAGCAUUUGAAAUAUCGAGAAGAACAGUCUAUGGUUGGCGUAAUUAUAUAAGUACAUCAUGUUAGAUCACGAGAAUAUCAAUGCAUCAAAAUAUUGCGCGCCUAUGUUUAAAGGGCCCGUAACAGAUCUCUUUAAUCAAACACGCAGUCUUGAGUUCUGCAAAGAAUGUGCAGAUUAUGAGCUGAAAUAUGUUGAUUGUUUGGAAGCAUACGGUUAUCACAGGGGCAAGAAAGAAUGCAGACUGUUAUUGGAAGAUAUGUACGAAUGUGUAAUGAAAAUAAAAAGAAUAAAGCGUGUCGAAGUGAUGAUGCAGGAACGAGAACGUCAAUAUAAGAAUGGUCAAAGGGAGAAACUUUGGGCGGAAACUCCACCACUCGAUCAAUAUUAAGUUAUUGCUCUUUGCUAAAUAGUUUAUAUAUAAAUGUAUUGCAUAUACUUUGUGAAGUAAUUAUAGAUGACAAAAUGCUCCAUCAUCUAUAAAAAAAACUUAUAUCA